UUGGUACCCAAAUCGAAAUUCCGAAUAGACAAUACAAGAACCCUAAUUAUUAUUCCGCACAAAAAUAUUAUUCCUGGCUAACUUCUUCCAGGCAUUGGAAUGGGUAAGGAAGUGAAAACGAAGAAAGCAGACAGAAUCAGUGAUCUACCUGAUUCAAUUCUAACUCACAUUCUGUCCUUCCUUUCUACAAAAGAAGCGGUUAGAACAUCUAUUUUAUCUACUAGAUGGAGAUAUCUCUUUGCUUUACUUCCUAAUCUCCACUUCGAUUUGGAGGACGUUUUGCGCCGCAAGAAUUUUAACAGUUACGCCGCUUCCGUUGAGAACUUUAUGUCCUUCGUCGACAGAAUGCUGUUUUUAUAUAAUACAACAAUUGUGGAUAAAUUUCGUCUCAAAUGCCGGAGUAUGAUCGAUUCCAACCGUUUUUACGGAUGGAUAUCUGCUGCAGUUCAUCGCGGUGUUAAACAUCUCGAUUUAAACAUCUACCUUGACAAGUUCAUUACUUUACCGGAUGUUCUGUUUACUUGCAGGACAUUGGUGAGCUUGAAAGUGGAUAAAGAUUUUGUUUUGGAUGUUCCAAGGGGUGUUGUUCAUCUUCCGAAUCUAAACACUCUUCAUCUCGAGUCAGUUAAAUUUUUGAAUGAUGAUUCAAUUAAAAACCUCCUGUCCGGCUGCUCCAAUCUUGAAGAUAUGGUCUUAAAACAAUGCUACAUGGAAAAUAUAAGCAAAUUCAAUAUUUCACAUCAGUUGCUUAAGAGAUUGACUAUAGAUUACUUGUAUGAUGGUUACCAUUGUUGGUUAAUGAUUGAUACUCCAAAUCUAGCCUACUUCAAAUACCUCGACUCAAUAAAAGCCAGGUAUUCAAUAGAGAAUCUGCAAUCUCUUGUCAAAGCGGAUAUCUAUAUAUUCAAAACUAACUAUACUGUUCAAGGUGGUGCCACAACACUUUUUGGGGGGAUCUGCAAUGUUCCUUCACUUAUUUUGUGGGUUACUUCUCUCGAGCUUCUUUUAAGCUGCAAACCACUUCCUGUUUUUGCUACCUUGGUCAAAUUGAAGAUACCUUGUUAUGAUCUAUGCCGAGAGUACUCAUAUAUUCGAGGUGGAAAAGGACUUGAAACUUUACUCUCAAGUUUACCUGCUCUUGAAAAACUUGAGUUUUCUCAGGAAGUUCUUUGCUUUCUGCCAGCGAACGUGCCUUCUUGCUUGUUGUAUAAACUCAGAGCCAUCAAAAUUACAAACUUUACAGAAGAAAAACAUUGUAUUGGGAAGGCAAAGUAUUUCCUAGAGAAUGGUGGAGCUCUGCAGAAGUUGACAAUACUUACAGCACCAGAUGUUUCUGCAGAAAAACAAUUGAAGAUAUCCAACGUGUUGUCGGCUUCACCAAGGGAAUCAAAGCAAUUGUGCAUCUUGAUUGUUUGAUGUAAAUAUAUAAUGUUGUACUGUUGCUAUAUAUAUUAGUCUUGCUCUUAUAUAAGAGUGACUCA